GAUUCAAAUAUUACAAAAACGCCAUAAUUUUGAAAGGUGAACGUUUUAAAAAUGUCGAAGUAUUCAGACGGCACCUCACGUUCAGCUCAACCGGUGGUUGACUUCACUUCUCCCGGUAUAGCGGUGAUGGAGGUUGAACGUCUUCUGAUCUCUGGAAAAGCCAUCAGCUCUAAUGCAGAUGAAGUCUGGCCCAAUCUUUACAUCGGCAACAUGGAUAUAGCUGAAAACUGCUCAGAGAUAAGAAGGCAUCGCUUCACUCACGUGCUGAACUGCGCCCACAGCUCCAGACGUGGCGGCGAGAUCUAUGAUGGCAUGGGCAUCACAUACAUGGGCAUAGACGCACAUGAUUCACCCACAUAUGACAUGAGUGUCAACUUUAACAAAGCUGCUGAAUUUAUACAUACAGCGCUGAAAGAGAGAGGCAAAAUCCUGGUUCACUGUCAUGUUGGAGUGAGUCGAUCAGCAACUAUAGUUUUGGCAUAUCUGAUGCUGAAACAAAACAUGACGCUGGUGGAGGCAAUCCAGAAUGUAAAAGAGGGAAGAGGCGUCUAUCCCAACCGAGGCUUCCUCAGACAACUCAUUGACCUUCAUGUUAAAUUAUACGGCUACAGAAACUAGACACACAGCAGCCACAAGAGACAAUGAAAUUGAGCAGACAGGAGAAAUAUGGAUCAGUGUGGGUUUUAAUAUUUUUGGAGCAGAAACUUUGUGCAGCUUGUUCAUUUGAAAUGUGUUUGAUCCAUCUUACUGAUUUGCGUGGUUUUAUUCAAUUCAAAUAAAUUUUAAA